GUUGCCUGAAUAUAUCAUGUUCAUUUACUCCACGAACAAUAUGUCGACUUUCAUAUGCUGCUUUACUUGAACUCAAGCCUUGAAAUUAUUGUAUUACUUUGUCGAGCGACUUUAACACCGCAAUCAUGACGCCCAAGACCCGCUCAGGCGGUAAACCCGCACCAAGUCGUGUCUAUCAUUCAACGCCCGUGCAACAGCAAGCACAGUUCCCCGCGCGUAGAAAGGUUGUUCGAACAUAUGGAAAGCAGAAUCGGAAGAAGCAGGCGGAAACACCUUCGAGACUUUUGCGACAACAAACCUUAACUCAAAUCGACUUUGUAUCGAGCUUCGAAGGGAACGAGGACCCGAUCGUCCUAAGUGAUAGUGAACAGGAUGAAAUGCAGUCAGAUAAGGAAGAAGAUGAAAACCGGAAGGACAAGGAACAAGAAGACCAGGAAGAGGACGAGGAACCUGUUUCGAGCGGGCGGAAACGACGAGCGAAAGCGAAAGGGACCCCUACCAAGAAUGAGCGAGCCAAGCGAAGACGGACAUUAGGCGAUGAUACAGAGGAACAUCCAAAACCGAAAAAGGAAAAGAAAUCGAGCCGACGUAAGACGAUGGGAGAUGUACCUAGUUCGGCCUACCAUACACAGACCUUGACCCAAUUCCUCGGUCGCGAUCCAGCCCACGCCGAGUUUAUCAAGGAUUCUGAAGAUGAGGAUAAUGAUGACGACUUCCAACAAUGGUUGGGCAAUGCGGCUAGUCCAAGUCCACGGAAGACCCGAAAACAGAAGAACGUUUCGCCUGUCAAGAAUCAGAAAACUCCAAAAUCGAUAUUGAAGCGCAGGCCAGAAGAGCCAACUCCUCAGCGGGAAGAGUCUAUUGUGCCACAGACACCUCAGAAGCAGACACCGCACAACAAUGUUCCAGUAACAGAAAUACCUUCCUCGAGCCAGUUGUCUGCGCCGCCCAGCAUAUCGUCAACACCCGCUAGCAUGAUGUUGGAACGCUAUGGUCCACCAGACCGUGCCAAUCCGUCGCCUGUCCAAGGAAAGACAUCUUCGCCAGCGAACCCAUCUCCGCUCAAGGAGCUAAGAGGAAGGCCUAAGACAACGUCAUCGCCUCGAAAACACGAGCGCAUCAUCCAGGAUUCUUACGCCACCGACAGUUGGGGGUCUACUAACCGUACACCUCUCAAGGAACUGCCCGUGGAUUCGCCAAACAAGACACCAAGAACUCCAAAAGGCGUCAUUGAACCGCUUGAAACAUCGUCUUCUGUGAUGGAUGAGUUGGAGACGCCUACCAAGUCCAGAAGGAGGAGGAGGAGGAGUAGUGAACUCGGUGGAAGUCAAAGGAGUGGUAGCCCCACGCCAAGGAUGAAGCGAGUAUCACCAGGCAGUGGAAAGAAGAAGGUCAUGCUCGAGAUACCUGAUUCUGAAGAUGAGGAGGAUGAAGACUUUGGUGACGAGAACGAUGAGAACGCGUUCGUUGCCGGUGCUGAAACGCAACUCGUUAUGAGCGAGAUUGCUUCAUCUGAGGAAGAGGUCAUGAGAGCAUCCUCCUCUUCUGUGCAAACGACGAGCGUUAAAACUAAACGACAAGCCGUUGCGACCAUUUCCUCUGAGGAAUCGUCUGGCUCAAAUGGCCAAGCAUCAACAUCAACCUCUUCACUCCCACCUCUGAGUUCUCGACCUACUACACUGCCCCCCACACUCCCUCCCCUCUCAGCAACUCCCCAGGCCAAGAGCCGCCCCCGACCAGCAAAGCGUGUUCGCAAACCCAUCCACCGUCCUCUUCCACCAACUCAAACUCAGCCAUUAGAAUCUCAGCGUGUACCUCUGGCAACCCUUCAAGCACUACCUCCUGCAUCUGCUCGUACAGACGUGCUGCUGUCGCUCCCCCAGGAUAUUAUUGAUGAUGUGAUAGAAGGCUACCAGGCUGAUCUCAUACUCAACUUCAAAAUACCGGCACAAGUGGUUCGCUUCUGGCUCUACGAUGGGGAGCUACUGCGAUUUAUGGCUUGCGCUGACCCUGGUCGUGUUACGGAAGGCCCAGCCUGGCGUUAUCACCUUACUCAAGUCUACGAGUUGAACAACCCUGUUGAGGGAGAUGACAUGCGGGAAGAGGGCUGGAUCGACGGUGAUGUUGCUCGCUAUGUUUAUUUCCCACCUGCUGUCGUAGGUCAGUUGCUCUGGAACUUGCGACAUGCUCUAUUCAAGGAGAAUACAUCAGGAGACGAACCAACACAGACUCAAGCUACAGUUGACGAAGAUGACAGUGGACGAGUUGAUCUCUUUGCCAACUCUUCAGCACCUCUACCAGCGGACAAGACGCCCGCUCCUUCAUCAAGCAUGAGCGUGUCACAGCAAGUUGAAGCUCAACUCAAGAGUGACUUCGCUCAAUCAACCCAAUUCCCAACUUCGGACGAUAUUCUCGUUCCCUCGACUCCCGAGGAGGAAAACAACAACAACAAUGAAAAUACAACUCCCCCAACCACUCACAUCGCUUCUUCUCCCACAACUAUCAAACCUCCUCCCCGUCGUACCCCCUUUGCAGCAUCCUCCUACCGCGCUACCCGCCCUUCACUAAGUAGCACUUCCAAACGACCUGCCGUCCGCCCAUCUCAGGCAACUACCGUCUCUCAGUCUUCCACCCCUGAGCAGCACUCGUCAUCUAUUCGCCGCCCACCGCUACACUCUUCCAGCAGCAUCGGCCUUCCCGAGGGCCUCUUAGACGAGGAUGAUGACGAUGACGCCCUGCGUCUGCCGUCGGGAUACAAUCCAGGCUCGUCGCAGCUGCUGACAAAGAGCCAGAUGCUGCCGGACAGCUUGAUACGUGACGACACAAGGGUUCCGCCUGAAAUCUGGGACUCGGAUGACGAUGAUGAUGAACGAUUGUAGAAUUUUGGCAUGACUCUUUGAUUUAUUUAUGUGUUUUUUUGUAUCUUUUGUCCCAGGACAAGUGCAGGAUGCGUAUGAGGGAAGAACGUAGGAUAGCCUCGUCUUUUACUUGUUGGACAUGUAUGUAUGGAUGGCUGAACUGUAAGCUUUGGAGUUAGGAGCAUCAGCUUAACUAUGUUCUUUUGUCAAUAAUCAACGCAAUCAAUAACACUAAACACGAAUCGUAUUUACGCAGCCAGUGCGGAGUGAGAUAGGAGUAGACAAACACACAAUUUCAUCUCUAUAACUACUUUGC